AUGGCUCUCAAAACAAAGGCUGCUGCAGCCCCUGCCGCUCCGUCACACGGCUACGAAUUCGGUGGUCCUCUCGGUGCCGCGGGCAUCUCUUUUGGCCUCCCGAUUCUCUGCUACAUCUUCGCCUUUGCGUGCAACGACAUCUCGGGCUGCCCGGCGCCCUCGCUCCUGAGCCCCAAGACCCUCUCGAUCGGACAGCUCAAGCGCGAAGUUGGCUGGCCCAAAGAUGGCGUCUACGGCCUCGCCAGCUGGCAAGCGAGCGCUGCCGUGGCUGCAUAUUACCUUUUCAACCUGAUUCUCUACCGUGUUCUGCCCGCAAUCGAAACUGAGGGCACUGUGCUCGCCACUGGUGGCCGCCUCAAGUACCGUCUGAACACUCUGUACUCCAACACGCUUACUCUAUCGCUUCUCGCUGCCGGAACGUUUGCGCAGGGCGCCCAGUUCCCCGUCUGGGUCUUUAUUAGCGAAAACUACCUGCAGCUGCUCACGGCCAACAUUCUGAUUUCCUAUGCCAUCGCGACGUUUGUCUACGUCCGCAGCUUUAGCGUCAAGGCGGGCAACAAGGAAAGCCGCGAGCUUGCUGCUGGCGGCCACACAGGCAACCUUUUGUACGACUGGUUCAUUGGCCGCGAGCUUAAUCCUCGUGUCACUAUUCCCGUCAUUGGCGAGGUGGACAUCAAGGAGUGGUGCGAACUUCGCCCUGGUAUGAUGGGCUGGAUCAUCCUCAACUGCGCGUGGUGUGCCCAGCAGUAUCGCAACUACGGCUAUGUCACCGACAGCAUCAUCUGCAUCACCGUCGUCCAGGCUUUAUACAUCAUCGACUCUUGGUGGAAUGAACCUGCCAUUCUCACGACCAUGGACAUUACCACUGAUGGCUUUGGCAUGAUGCUUGCCUUUGGCGAUCUGGUCUGGGUUCCGUUCGUGUACUCGCAGCAGACUCGCUAUCUCUCUCUUCACCCACUGUCUCUCGGCCCUAUUGGACUGACUGCCAUGCUCUCAUUGAUUGGACUCGGCUUCUUCAUCUUUCGCUCCGCCAACAGUCAAAAGAACACCUUUCGCACGAACCCCAAUGACCCCAGCGUCGCCCAUCUCGAAUACAUUCAAACGAAGACGGGCAGCAAACUGCUCACCACUGGUUGGUGGGGUGUUGCUCGCCACAUCAACUAUCUAGGAGACUGGAUCCAGUCUUGGCCCUACUGCCUGCCAACUGGUCUUGCCGGCUACCAAAUCAUGGCCGCCGGCAGUCUAGUCGAGGAUUCCGUGGGCGCUUUCGUCACGACCGACGGUCGUCAAGUUAUUCAGGGUAAUGCCAAGGGAUGGGGCAUUCCCAUCACCUACUUCUAUGUCGUCUAUUUUGCCGUACUUCUGAUCCACCGCGACCGCCGCGACGACGAAAAGUGUCAUCGCAAGUACGGUGACGACUGGGAAAAGUACAAGAGAAUUGUCCGCUGGAGAAUCAUUCCCGGCAUUUACUAA